CGCCGGUUACAUGCGGAACCAGAAGAAAGAGAGCCGAGGGGGCUGAGGAGAGUUGUCCUUCAUCAUUCCAGUACAGAUUGUUCAGGCUGUUUCAAACUCCCCCUUUAGUAUUUUUUGUUUAUUUUAAUUUAAAUACUGUUCAACCGCCGAGAAAAUGGCAAAGCCGGACAGCAAGAAAAUAUUCUUUGAAAACCUGUCGGGAGCAGGGAAAGCCAUCGCGGUGCUGACGAGCGGAGGGGAUGCUCAAGGAAUGAAUGCUGCAGUGCGCGCGGUGGUUCGAAUGGGUCUAUAUGUGGGCGCCAAAGUUUAUUUUAUUCAUGAGGGAUAUCAAGGUAUGGUGGACGGUGGCCCGGACAACAUAAAGGAAGCCACGUGGGAAAGUGUCUCCAGUAUGCUACAAGUGGGCGGGACUGUUAUCGGCAGCGCUCGCUGCAAAGACUUCCGGACCCACGAGGGGCGCUUGAAGGCGGCCCACAACCUGGUGCAGCGCGGCAUCACCAACCUGUGUGUGAUCGGUGGAGACGGCAGCCUGACUGGUGCCAACCUCUUCAGGGAGGAGUGGAGCGGGCUGCUGACGGAGCUGGUGGAGCAAGGACUGAUCGAAGCUGAUGCUGUCCAGAGGUACUCAGCCCUGCACAUAGUGGGGAUGGUCGGCUCCAUCGACAACGACUUCUGUGGAACAGACAUGACGAUCGGCACUGAUUCUGCUCUGCACAGGAUCAUCGAGGUGGUGGAUGCAAUUAUGACAACCGCUCAGAGCCAUCAGAGGACGUUUGUGUUGGAGGUCAUGGGCAGACACUGUGGCUACCUGGCCUUAGUGAGCGCUCUGGCUUGUGGUGCAGACUGGGUGUUGAUUCCUGAGAUGCCUCCAGAGGAUGGUUGGGAGGAGAAGAUGUGUCAGAAACUAUCAGCGACACGUUCCAGGGGCACAAGGCUCAACAUAAUCAUAGUUGCAGAGGGAGCCAUUGACAGGCACGGGAAGCCUAUCACUUCUAGUUUGGUCAAAGAUGUGAGUACCUGAG